CCUCUCCCCAGCAAUGGCGGCGUCACUGGAUGUCGACGCAUGGAAAUCGACGCCAUCCCAGCGGCCCACUACUCGAGUGCCGAGCACCUCCUGUGCGAUGGACUGUACACAUCCCUCAGUCAUCCUUUCCUUCCCUCAUCCUCACGCCCUCCCUGCCAUCGGCAGCUGUCUAAUAGAUCCCCACGGCUCCCAGCAGAUUCUAACCACCGCCGAACCGCCCCGCUCUGUGGAGUUGAAGCGUCAUGGUGCAAGGACAGCAUUGUCGAUCAAAAUAACAGCCGCAGGGGACAGCAGGCCGCAGCUGGCCCUCGAAGGGGGUACCCUCGAAGCACUGAGUUCGGCUUCAUCGAAGACUAAGUACGUGAUGUCCGUGUGUGUGUGGUGUGCAGGUUGAGGAGGGCACUCCACCGGACCGGCAUCCUGGUGCUAUCCGCCAAGGACAUUUGAAAGGCCGACAAGAACUGGCCAUACAAGUGCCUCUGGAAGGUGAAACACAGUCAGACACACACACCCAGUCAGACACACACACCACGCCCACACACACCCAUGGUGUGGUGUGGCUUCUCUGUCCGUGCUGUGUCAUCCAUUCAUUCAGCGUCAGUGUUUCGCUGAGCUGCUGGCCUACCUCCACGAAGAGGAUGUGAUGCCGUGGCGGGUGAUAUCCAUCGGGGACGCGGAACGGGACCUCUCUGCGCUCGAGUGGAACAGGCUGUAGCUAACCAAGACACACACACACACAAAUUCAAAUUCUCGUGCAAUGGCAGCGCCGAUGAAUGUUCAUCAUCAGCAGCAGGUCCCACCGCAUCAACAAGAGUGGAAGACCUAGGAAGCUGUAGGCGCAUAGUCGCCUUCGAGGACGCGCCCCGUGACGCGCAGCAGUGGCGGCGUCUGCGAGACGACCAGGGCGAGCCAGACGCCGCCGGGUCGGACGGCGUCGUGGUCGAGAUGGAGGGUGUGCAGAGCCCGGGCAGCAGAAUAGCCCUGAAAUACGCCCGCUACAGCAACCGCAAUGCCGCCAUCGCCCAGGAGGCCAGCACCCUGGCUGCCCUGAGUCGCAAGACCGACGCGGUCCCCGGCUACUACGGCAGGGUCACACUGCCUUUCGAGGGACAUGCGCAUGGAGUACCUUGAGCCGCUGCAGCAGCAGGCGGCCGCCAACCAGGGCGUGGCGCCGGUGGGUGUGUUGGCGGUGGGGGAGAGGCUAGUGGUGUCCGGGGAGGCCACACUCGAGUAUUUCGCCCAUGUGGUACCGUAUGCACCCAUCACCCAUCCGAUCCACACACAUGCACCUACCUACCUACCUAGACGGAACGUGCAUCAACACAACACGUGCAUGCAAUGCAUGUGUGUAUCAUAUCGUGUGUGUGUAUGCAGAUGUCGAGCACCAAGGAGUUGCACAAGGCCGGAUACCUCAACCGCGACCAAAGGCCUGACAACCGUAAGCAAACCACCUACACCAAAGCGCCCGUUGAACCGUCUACCUCUCUGUCUGUCUGUCUGUCUGUCUGUCUGCAAUGUGUGUGUGAUUCGUUCAGACUUACUACCGAGGACCGGCAGGUUGCGCGUGUUGCAGGCCGACUUGAGCAGAGCAGAGGCCUUCGUCGACCGCCAUGGAGCUCAGCCGCCGUUCGUCGGCCGCAACUCGCAGCAGGAGAUGCAGAAAGUGUCGGCGCAGCUCUGCCAGUACAGGAGACUCGUCAAAGCCAUCCGCGACCUCGUGGAUCAAUGUCUGCUUGCAAUGAUCUUCACAGUACGCAGACAGUGGAUCGAUGCACCCCGCAACCAUCGCGUGUGCAUCCGUGUUGUGUUGUGUUUGGCGCUUUCUGCCUGCAGCGACAGGUCGUUGUGAGUGCGCUGAGGGACUUCUCGCUCUUCAUGAUCAAACUCACGCGCGCCGCAGACCCGAUCUUCAACGAGCCGGAGAGAGAAGGGACACUGAGCGAGCACAUCCGCUUGGUCUCGAGCGAGUUCUGCGUGUGGGUACGUAGGGAUGGAUGAUAUCUCCGCACACGACACAUGUGUGCUGUUUGUCUUGAUUCAGCUGCCCAAUCUGCUCGUACUGCAUCACAUGACGUGCCGCGACACCGACUACAGCGACACACUGCUGCAAGAGGUGGCACCCAACCUGAUGCGCCGAAAGGCGGCGACGCUGGCGCGGCUCAUGCGGAACUACGACCACAUGCGAGCGAUGUUCGCGGUAUGUGGAUGGAUAGAUGUACAGUACUAUGUGUGAAGACACAUCCGUGAGCGUUUGUCUGUGUUGCUCGGGCAGUCGAACCUCAACAUCGAUGUCAACGAAUUCUUAGGCCGAGUGGUGUCGCGGCUGUGCGACGGCGAUCAGAGAUGGCGGGAGGGGCUGGUAGGCAGCAGCCAGGGGGAUGGCAUGAUGGCAUGGCGUCUAUGAGAAUGUGUGUGCAUGCUGUGUGCCAGGACGCCCAACAUGAGCAGCUGUUGGACGACUUCUACCAGAUCGUCCUGCCACUGGCCACCGUGGUGGCGCUCGAAGACCGGGCCAAAUUCAACACCAUUGCCAAGGUAAAGACGACAUCAGAGAGACUACAGUCCUGGUCUGUGAAGUGUGUGAUGUGUGUGUGUGUGUGUGUGCCUGCUGUCAGUUUGUGGCGUCCAUGUUGAACGACAGGAUCAACCCGCAUGGACCUGCUGCUGCUGCUGCUGCUGCCGCAGCCACGGGAGCGACGGGCGGUGGCCCGCCGAGCGGUGGCCCGCCGCCUCAUGGGCCGCAUCGGCUGACUCGGUGAGCGCGGGUGGGCUGGUGUCGGCCGGUGUGCAUACGUGUCUAUGUGUGGAUGGUUCGUGUGUCUUGUGUGGUUCAGGCAAGCUCCUCACCGUCAAGUGACCGGGCCACGCCGUGCACCACAUGAAAGACCAUCUAAGUGCUUCUCAAGUACCACUCCCGCGUCAUGUAUAAUAUGGACAUCGACAUUCAUCACGGGGAUGGUGUCGAGGAGGCAUUCUUGAUCACACCAAGGUGACCAUACAAAGACAUGGUGGGACACGUGUAUGCGGUUCUCUCUCUUUCUAGGGUAAUGACGGUGUCGUUUCACAAGUAUGACGGCAAAUUCUUCCCGGGCACAGGAGACCUCACCAACGUCGAUUGAUUCAUCGCUGCUUCCAUUUUAUAUCUGACGGUCUUGUGGGCAAACCAUCUCGCCCCCGCGUGUGUCUGUGUAUCUCUGCAUCCAUUCACGC